AUUAAUUAUUGAUAAAUGUAAUAGGAAAAAGUAAUCUCAAAAGAUUGGCUUAGAAUUGAUCCUUUUGAUUCUCCAAUUUUAAAAAAUGCACCAAAACAUCAACCUGAAAAAUUUAGCCAAUAUAAGGAUUUAAAGGAUGAAUAAGAUAAUGUGAUAGGAUUUCUAGUGGAUGACUAAUAGUAUUUUUUUAAUGAAGAUGGAGGAUGGAUAGAUUAUAAUGGUUGUUAUUAUGAUAAAGAAGGGCAACCAGCUGGAUGGUUUGUUUUGCACCCUGGCGAUGUUGUUCAUGAACAUUUCUACGAUCAAGAUGGUUUUUAUGUACCUAGUGAUGAUGAAAAUGGCGAUUUAGAUAAUGUUAAGGCGGAGAAAGUGAAAUCAUAACAAAAUGUAGCAACCUGAAUAACAAUUAAAUUGAUUUUCACAAAUAUAGGAAGCAUAAAUAAUAUAUUA